CAGCCCCGGCGAGAGGGGGAGAGGGCGGGGGCAGGCCGAGACUAUGCGAUUGCCCAGCCCGCGCCCAGCCUCCCGCCAGCCCGCGCCCAGCUGAGAGCGAGCCGGCGCCCAGCCCCGCACAGCGCCGCUGCCGCCGAGAGCCAGGACCAUGUCUCUGCUCUGCGUUGGAGUUAAAAAAGCCAAGUUUGAUGGGCCCCAAGAGAAGUUCAACACCUACGUGACGCUGAAGGUGCAGAAUGUCAAGAGCACGACCAUUGCCGUGCGCGGGAACCUGCCGUGCUGGGAGCAGGACUUCAUGUUCGAGAUCAACCGCCUGGACUUGGGGCUGACGGUGGAAGUGUGGAACAAGGGGCUGAUCUGGGACACCAUGGUGGGCACUGUAUGGAUCCCCUUGAGGACCAUCCGGCAGUCCAAUGAGGAGGGCCCCGGGGAAUGGCUCACCCUGGACUCCCAGGUCAUCAUGACCGACAACGAGAUCUCUGGCACCAAGGACCCCACCUUCCACCGCAUCCUCCUGGACACCCGCUUCGAGCUGCCGCUUGACAUCCCCGAGGAGGAGGCCAGGUACUGGGCCAAGAAGCUGGAGCAGCUGAAUGCGAUGAGGGACCAGGAUGAUUACUCCUUCCAGGAGGAGCAGGAGAAGCCACUCCCCGUGCACGGCUCCCAGUGCUGCAACUGGAAUUAUUUUGGCUGGGGAGAACAACAGAAUGACGACCCUGACAGCACCGUGGAUGACCGGGACAGUGACUACCGAAGUGAGACCAGCAAUAGCAUCCCACCUCCCUAUUACACCACCUCCCAACCCAAUGCCUCGGUCCACCAGUAUCCCAUGAGGCACCAGCAGCAGAGCUCCCGGGACUCGUACACGGAUUCCAUGCAGAGCUACGAGAUGGACUAUUCGGAUCAGCGGCCAAUCAGCCCCACCGGGAGCAGCCGCUACGCCUCCUCUGGGGAGCUGAGCCAAGGGAGCUCCCAGCUCAGCGAUGACUUCGACCCCGACGAGAGCCUGCGGGGCUCAGAGAUCGAUGAGCGGGAUGGGGACUCCUACCACUCCUGCCACAGCUCGGUCAGCUACCACAAGGACUCACCCCGCUGGGAGGAGGAAGACGAUGACCUCUACUUGGAAGAAGAGGAUGAGUUCAAUGAGGACUACAGCGAGAAUGAGGAGGACUACCCCAAGGCUGAGGAAGACAAGCUGCAGGGCCGUGAGGCAUACGAGUCCGAGCCCUUGGAGCGAGAGCCCUACCAGCAGCAGAAGCAGCCGGUGCAGCUGCAGCAGCAACAGCAGGAGUCGCUGCAACAGAAGCCGCAGCUGCAGCAACAGGUCCCAGCGCAGAAGCAGCAACAGGCGCCGCAGCAAGCGCAGCUACAGGUGCAGCAGGUGCAAGUGCAGCAGCAGCAGGUGCAGCAGGAGAGGAAAGAGGAUAAGGCAGGUUAUGCCCUACAGGAGACUCCAGAGGUCCCCCAGGAAAAGCUGUCAGAGGAGGAGCCCCCAGUCCCAGAGAAGGGACAAGAGCCUGAGCCCCCCAAACCAGAAGAGAGUUACAGAGAGAGGGAGGAAGUGGAAGUUCAGGAUGCCAAAUCCCGAGCCAAAGCCAACUGGCUGAGGGCAUUCAACAAAGUCUGCAUGCAGCUGCAAGAGGCUCGAGGUGCUGGAGAAGCUAAAUCUCUCUGGUUCAAAGGCGGGCCUGGCGGUGGGCUAAUCAUUAUUGACAGCAUGCCCGACAUACGCAGGAGAAAGCCCAUCCCCCUAGUUAGUGAUUUGGCCAUGUCCUUGGUCCAGUCCAGGAAAGCUGGUAUCACGUCAGCAUUAGCAUCAAGCACCUUAAACAACGAAGAGCUAAAAAACCAUGUUUACAAGAAGACCCUUCAAGCCUUAAUCUACCCCAUCUCUUGCACAACCCCUCACAACUUCGAGGUGUGGACCGCAACCACACCCACCUACUGCUACGAGUGCGAGGGCUUGCUGUGGGGCAUUGCUCGGCAGGGCAUGCGCUGUACGGAGUGUGGGGUGAAAUGCCACGAGAAGUGCCAAGACCUGCUCAAUGCAGACUGCCUACAGAGAGCAGCUGAGAAGAGCUCCAAGCACGGGGCAGAGGACCGGACCCAGAACAUCAUCAUGGUGCUCAAGGACCGCAUGAAGAUUCGGGAGCGAAACAAGCCUGAGAUCUUCGAGCUGAUCCAGGAAGUCUUUGGCGUCUCCAAAGCCACCCACACGCAGCAGAUGAAGGCGGUGAAGCAGAGCGUGCUGGAUGGCACCUCCAAGUGGUCAGCCAAGAUCAGCAUCACGGUUGUUUGUGCCCAGGGCCUGCAGGCAAAGGAUAAGACAGGCUCCAGUGACCCGUAUGUUACUGUCCAGGUUGGAAAGACGAAAAAAAGGACUAAAACUAUCUACGGAAAUCUAAACCCCGUCUGGGAGGAGAAUUUCCAUUUUGAAUGCCAUAACUCCUCUGAUCGGAUCAAGGUCCGGGUCUGGGAUGAAGACGAUGACAUCAAGUCUCGUGUCAAGCAACGCUUUAAGAGAGAGUCCGAUGACUUCCUGGGACAGACGAUCAUAGAGGUCCGAACACUGAGUGGCGAGAUGGAUGUCUGGUACAACCUAGACAAGCGGACGGACAAGUCGGCUGUGUCUGGAGCCAUCCGGCUUCACAUCAGCGUGGAAAUAAAGGGGGAGGAGAAGGUGGCUCCGUACCAUGUGCAGUAUACGUGCCUACAUGAGAACCUCUUCCAUUUCGUGACGGACUUACAAAACAACGGGGUGGUGAAGAUCCCCGACGCCAAGGGGGACGAUGCCUGGAAGGUGUACUUCGACGAGACGGCCCAGGAGAUCGUGGAUGAGUUUGCCAUGCGGUACGGGGUGGAGUCCAUCUACCAGGCCAUGACCCACUUUGCCUGCCUGUCCUCUAAAUACAUGUGUCCCGGAGUGCCGGCGGUGAUGAGCACCCUGCUCGCCAACAUCAACGCUUACUAUGCACAUACCACUGCCUCCACCAACGUGUCUGCCUCCGACCGCUUUGCUGCUUCCAAUUUCGGGAAAGAGCGCUUCGUCAAGCUGCUGGACCAGCUGCACAAUUCGCUCCGGAUUGACCUGUCCAUGUACCGGAAUAACUUCCCUGCCAGCAGCCCUGAAAGGCUACAGGACCUCAAGUCAACAGUGGAUCUGUUAACCAGCAUCACCUUCUUCCGAAUGAAGGUCCAGGAGCUACAGAGCCCUCCCCGUGCCAGCCAAGUAGUGAAGGACUGCGUGAAAGCCUGCCUCAACUCCACCUAUGAAUACAUCUUCAACAACUGUCACGAGCUGUACAGCCGGGAGUACCAGACAGAUCCCACAAAGAAAGGUGAGGUGCCCCCUGAGGAGCAGGGACCCAGCAUCAAGAACCUGGAUUUCUGGUCCAAACUCAUCACGCUGAUUGUCUCAAUUAUUGAAGAGGAUAAGAACUCCUACACGCCCUGUCUGAACCAGUUCCCCCAGGAGCUGAACGUGGGCAAGAUCAGUGCUGAAGUGAUGUGGAACCUCUUUGCUCAGGACAUGAAGUAUGCAAUGGAAGAGCACGACAAGCACCGCCUGUGCAAGAGCGCUGACUACAUGAACCUGCACUUCAAGGUGAAGUGGCUCUACAAUGAGUAUGUGACCGAGCUGCCUUCCUUCAAGAGCCGGGUGCCUGAGUACCCUGCGUGGUUUGAGCCUUUUGUUAUCCAGUGGCUGGAUGAGAACGAGGAGGUGUCCCGGGAUUUCCUGCAUGGAGCACUGGAGAGGGACAAGAAGGACGGGUUCCAGCAAACGUCUGAGCACGCGCUCUUCUCCUGCUCCGUGGUGGACGUCUUCUCCCAGCUGAACCAGAGCUUUGAGAUCAUCAAGAAGCUGGAGUGCCCUGACCCGCAGAUUGUGGGGCAUUACAUGCGGAGGUUUGCCAAGACCAUCAGCAACGUGUUGCUGCAGUACGCCGAGAUCAUCUCUAAAGAUUUCGCCUUACACUGCUCCAAGGAGAAAGAGAAAGUGCCCUGCAUCCUGAUGAACAACAUCCAGCAGCUUCGUGUCCAGCUGGAGAAGAUGUUUGAGGCCAUGGGGGGAAAGGAGCUGGAUGCAGAAGCCAGUGACAUCCUCAAGGAGCUGCAAGUGAAGCUCAAUAAUGUCCUGGAUGAACUGAGCAGAGUUUUUGCAACAAGCUUCCAGCCCCACAUCGAGGACUGCGUGAAGCAGAUGGGGGACAUCCUGAGCCAGGUGAAGGGCACCGGGAAUGUCCCUGCCAGCGCCUGCAGCAGCGUUGCACAGGACGCCGACAACGUCCUUCAGCCCAUCAUGGACCUUCUGGACAGCAACCUGACCCUCUUCGCCAAGAUCUGUGAGAAGACGGUCCUGAAGCGGGUGCUGAAGGAGCUGUGGAAGCUGGUGAUGAACACUAUGGAGAAGACCAUUGUCCUCCCACCGCUCACAGACCAGACGGGAACGCUCUUGAGAAAACAUGGCAAGGGGACAGAGAAGAGCAGGGUGAAGCUGCCCAGUCACACAGAUGGCACCCAGAUGAUCUUCAAUGCAGCCAAGGAGCUGGGACAGCUGUCAAAACUGAAGGACCACAUGGUGCGUGAGGAGGCCAAAAGCCUGACCCCCAAGCAAUGUGCGGUGGUGGAGCUGGCGCUGGACACCAUCAAGCAAUAUUUCCAUGCAGGAGGAGUUGGGCUGAAGAAAACCUUCCUGGAGAAGAGCCCCGACCUGCAGUCCCUGCGCUACGCCCUCUCCCUGUACACACAGGCCACUGAUCUGCUCAUCAAAACCUUUGUGCAGACACAGUCGUCUCAGGGAUCCGGCGUGGAUGAUCCAGUUGGGGAGGUGUCCAUCCAUGUGGAGCUCUUCACACACCCUGGCACUGGGGAGCACAAGGUCACCGUCAAAGUGGUGGCUGCUAACGACCUGAAGUGGCAGACGUCCGGCAUCUUCCGGCCCUUCAUUGAAGUCAACAUCAUUGGGCCUAGUCUCAGCGACAAGAAGAGGAAAUUCGCCACCAAAUCCAAGAACAACAGCUGGGCACCCAAAUACAACGAGAGCUUCCAGUUCACCCUAGGCAGCGAGACAGGCCCCGAGUGCUACGAGCUGCAGGUGUGCGUGAAGGACUACUGCUUCGCCCGUGAGGACCGCACCGUGGGCAUCGCCGUGAUGCAGCUCAAGGACAUCAUGCAGCGUGGCAGCUGUGCCUGCUGGCUGCCCCUGGGCCGGCGCAUCCACAUGGACGACACGGGCCUCACCGUCCUGCGUAUCCUCUCGCAGCGCAACAACGACGAGGUGGCCAAGGAGUUCGUCAAGCUCAAGUCAGACACGCGCUCAGUGGAAGAAGGCAGCAGUUAAGGCCCCCUCCCCGUAGUAGAACCUCCCCCCACCUCCAUGUCCCUUAUACAGCAUGCUCCAGCCAUGUAAAAGCCAUACAGAUUGUCUGACCAACCACCCCUGUCCCCAGGUUCGGGAACAGAGCCCUACCUAGGACAGUCAUUGCCCAGAACCAAGGAUCCAGACACACUCCAGUGCCCCGCACCUGCCCACAGGCUGCAGUGAUAGGGCACUGGCUGAUCCAGAGUAGGGGUAGGGUAAGGGGGACACUUCCCUGCUGGAGGGCAUAUUAGCCUGUGGGGCAUGCCUCUCCCCAGCCUGUUUCAACUGCAAAAGACACCAGGAACAUGGGGUACCCAGCAGUAAAGUCAGAGGGUGCUGUGGCCUUGUAGCAGGCUGUCCAACUCAGCAGGAAAACAAGGAAAGAUCCCAGACCUGCCAGGGAGUGAGCCAAACAAGACUCUCCCUUAGCAGCAGCAGUAAAGGGGUUCUGGCACAAGAAGCAGGGGCACAGCAACACUUGUCCAAGCCUCUGCACAGGUGGAAGCUCCUUCCCUGGCACUGGGGAGGAGCCAGGAAGGGACAAGCUGUGCAAGGGCUCUGGGGCCUCCUUAGCAGCUGCUGAAAAGAGCCCAUGAGGCACACAAGCCAGAGGCUCAGGCUGCAACCCUUGCCUGGGAAGCUCAGCAAGCUGCUGUGCAGGAGGCUCAGAGCAGCUUAGACUAAGGCCACAUAAGAGGGCAGGGCAAGAGUGCUGGCACCAGCUGUGGCUGAAGGGACAGCAGCAGAGAAGGAGGGGGGCAGGGAGAUGGGCUCAGGCAGUGGCAGCACAGACAGAGGCGGCAAGGGCUGUCUGAGCAUCCUCCACUGUAAGGCACACGAGCACUGGGCCAGGGAGAACGAUUCUGGCUGACUCUAGGGCCAGCUUCCUUCCAGCCAGCCCCUACAAUGAAGGUGGGGAUUGCUGCUGGCAGCCCGUGCCAAGAUGCCUAUUAAUCCUCACAGUAGCAGCAUUAAGCCAUUACUGUGGUCCUGGAGCAGAGACCUGUUGGGAGAGGGGGAUACCAGGACUUGGCCACUUGUGCUCUCAGGCAUGGCCCAAGGGGGCUCAGUCCCCAGGCUAGCAGGGCACACAGCACUGCUUGCAGCCCCAUUGCCAAGUGGAGGGGAGAGGGGACUGAGGUCUCCUUUUAGGAAACAGCAAGUAAGAAACUGCUGCCACACCAAGGGAGAGGACACCCACCCUGCAGCUGCAGUCUGGCACCUGCCACAGCCAGCCCAGGCUGCUUGUAAAGAUGGUCCCUACUUCAAAAGGACAGUGAUGAUUACUGGGCUUCCAGAGGGGAUCAAUCCCCUACCCUUCCCAUUGCCACAUCCAGCUGGGUGAGGUACCUAGAAGAGGACUGGGUCCUCACUACCCACUCCCCUUUCCCCACCACUCAGUCAAGAGGAUUUUUUUAGUGGGGAAAACUAAGCUCAUCACCUAGUGUCCUGCCCCGGUACCACUGCCAUUGCCUUGAUCUGAGCCUAGGAGCAGUGGGGGCUGUUGCUGUGGGGAUAGGGCUGCCUGAACAGCACUUAGAAACCCUGCACCAGUGUGCAGGAUAUACAGGCCCAGCCUGCUGAGCAGUGUCUGGAAGCCUUGGACCCUGGCCAGCUGCUAUAGCCUCCACACUACACCAUCACCCAAGACCCUGCCUAGCCCUGGAGGGAGGCAGGAGUAAUGGUCUGAGCAGGGCAGGGUGCAGGAGCCAGACCCUUUCCCCUUCCACAGCAGCAUCCAGGCAGCGUGCCACUGCUCAGAGCCCUGGGGAGCAAGCCAGGGCCCAGCAGCAUCUCUACUUCAAUGACAGCCUAGUGCUCCCCUUGCCCUCCCCACCACCCCAGGGGUAGGUAGCCAGGGUCCCACCAGCAGCUGACCCAGGAGCAGGGAGAGCUCAGCCCCUGCUCUGGCUUUGGUGGGAGUUAGAGCCUUGUGGUCCACUUCAGACCAUACAUUGUAGCCAUAGCAGCAUCCAGACACUAGGGUGAGGGGAUCAGGGGAAUCCCCCAUCCGCAGCCCCGAGUGCCAUGUCCACAACCAGCCUCCCAUCCCCACGUAGCGCUGUACUUCUGAGCGGGCAGAGGGAAGGGAGAAACCCCCCCCACCCCUCCAAAAUCGCCAGCUGUAAGACUGGUAUCACAGGAAGUUGCUUCAGCACAGCCUGGUACCAGGCCAUCUGCCCCAGCCAGCUCUAUACAUAUGUAAAUACAUGUACAUAGAUCGUGUGACACGUUCUCGCACCGAAGGGCUAUUGGGUCAGCGCCAGACCACUGGUGCCGCGCAUGACCGAGGCAUGGCACUUUCAGCCAGGGGCACCUGCUCCCAGCCCUGCAGCAUGCUCCUGCACAACAGGCCGGCAGUCCGCACAGGAUCUUAGGGCACUUCUGCACAAUCCAGUGCCCAGACAGGGCAUGACCUCCCCUCUGCCCAUGGACAGCCUGGGCCCAGCCCUCUACCCUGCCUGGCAGAGACCCUCCACCCCUACUCCCACCCUGUUCAACCCACUCCAGAGGAAGUCAGGCUUUUGCCCAGUGCCAGCCUGUACCCUCCCUAAGCAGGGUGCCCCAGGGGACAGAGGCGCAGGAGCCGGUGCCUUGGCAAAUUGAAGGACCUGGUCCAGUAGCACCUAAUCUGGCCCCAGACCUGCAGGAAAUUGGCUUCAGCCCCCCAGAAGGACAAGGUCUUCCUCAACAGGCCCUGCCCAGCACUUCAGCACGCACACCUUGAAAGCCCAUGACCACACCUGCCAGAUGCCCUCUGGGCUGGAGGGAUAGGGCUAUUUACUGUCAAGCAGAGGGCAUUUCAGUGAAUAGGACCCUGCCAGCAGCUGGGGCACAUGGCCAUAGGCUUGGGCAGGCUGCAGUGCUAGCCAAAUGUAGAUACCUGCGCUGCCCUUUCCAGACAGGGCUGGACAGCUCAGAGGUGGAGCCAGAACGCAUCAGUCUCCAGCUGAACUGCAAGAGAUUUCUCACAGCUCAUUUCUCCAGCAGACCUCCACCCCCACACGCCUGGGGUGCACAGUGCCAGCUCCUGCAUCUGAUGUCCUGCUGGCUAAGCCAGAGGUCAUCUCCGUGCUUCUGGCAUUCCUUUCUAACAGCUGCAGCUACAUCCAAGACAGCUGCAAAAUGAAAUGCAAGGGUGGGAGCCUGCCCAGGGCUGCUGGGGAAGCAAGCGCAAGCCCCUCCAAGAGAGAAGGGGGGAGGUGCGGGGGUAAUGGGCCAAGAGGAAGAGGUUGGAAGGAGACAUGCACUGGGCAGAGCAGAGCUUAUGCAGCCUCUGCAGGGACGGAGGGGAAGAGGACGAGGGGGAUUUGAUUUGGCUCAAGGAAAAAGCGAGAAACCCUGCACUAGGCCCAUGCCAGUACAAGCAGGACCCAAAGAUUGCCAUGCUGGGGCCAGGCCAAUCUCACAAAUCCCUGCAGCCAAGGGAGGGGAAGCAUUGGUGCUCAGCACUGAGGGAGGCUGGCCCAGGGGGGAGGCUCAGCUCAGCUUCCUCCCCGCUGUUGUGAUAUCCCCAUCUCCCACAACUGUGGCUGUUCCCAUCCACGAGCACCUCCAGGGUAGGAAUCCAGGCACAGCACAUGGCUUCACAGGUAGGACCUAGUGGCUGCGAGGCUUGCUGGGUCAUGGUGCCUCAGGUGGCAAGGCCAUUGCUGCUCUCCAGUCCUGGCCAGCCCAUGAUCUCGUGCCACAAGGCAGGGCAAGAGGGAGCGACCCUGCUUGAUGUACACUUCUGUGCCCUUGCAGGAGCACCCCUCUUAAGCCCUUCCAUACAGAAGCCAUCUCCAUCCUGGCAUCACCUUCCCUCCCAGACACUGGAACCGAACCCCUCCCACCAGCCCCCAUUCCUUUUUCUAUAGUAGUUGCCUGGGACCAAAAGUGUUUGCCGCUCACACCUGUUUCAGUUCAAUGUUUACACUGAGGGCACUGAUCCGCACCGUGCAGACCCCCUCCCCUCCCCAAAUGCAGAGGGCUGCAGCACGAGCCAAUCUGCCACGCACAGACUGACCUCAACCAAAUGCAGCACGCCACGCCAUGCCACGAGCUCAGCCCUCCGGCGAGGCAGGCAGCCCCGGGAACGACCAGCCCGUGGCUCCCCCGAGAACUGUUCGGCAUGCGAGUGAAACCAACCAGACUGAGUCACUUCUGCUCGCGUAGCGCCUCCAUCACGCCCCGUGUCUGUACAUACCUGACCUGGAGCAAACUGUGGUGACACACCUGGAUGCAUGACAGUGAGAUGUUUUGCACUAUUUUGACUUUUUUGGGCUCUGUAAAAAUAUUUUAUUAUUAUAACUGACAUUA